AGUACCACUCUACAAUAUAUAACAGAGAAACUCUAAAUGCUCUGCAGGCCACUAAAUUUAAAACACCACCAAACUUCCUCAUUUGUUAAUACCUUUUUUCCCAUCAAGGUCUUAUAAGUUCUGUUUCCAUUUCCACUCCAGUCUCCAACUAAUCUUUAUACCGAAUCUUUCUUAAUAAAUAGAAAAUGGUUUUGCGGUAUAUAGAAAUUCUUAUUUUCUUCUUCUUAGCACUACUAGUCGCUGAAACAACAGCUAAAGUUCCAGCAAUCAUAGUGUUUGGAGAUUCAACGGUCGAUGCUGGAAACAACAAUUUGAUUUCCACAGUUCUCAAAAGCAAUUUCAGGCCGUACGGCAGGGAUUUCGAAGGCGGCCGGCCGACCGGACGCUUCUGCAAUGGUCGUAUACCUCCUGAUUUCAUAUCUGAAGCUUUCGGUCUGAAGCCGUCUAUACCAGCUUACUUAGAUCCAAUGUAUAGCAUUUCUGAUUUUGCUACCGGUGUUUGUUUUGCCUCUGCUGGAACUGGUUAUGACAAUGCAACUGCCAAAGUUCUGAAUGUGAUACCCUUAUGGAAGGAAUUAGAUUACUACAAAGAUUACCAGAACAAACUAAGAGCCUAUAUUGGGAAACAGAAGGCAGACACCAUAAUAAGGGAGGCAUUGUAUUUGAUGAGCUUAGGAACAAAUGAUUUCCUAGAAAAUUAUUACACAUUUCCAACAAGAAGAUCUCAAUUCACCAUCAAACAAUAUGAGGAUUUUCUUGUUAGAAUUGCUGGAAAUUUCAUCGCAGAACUCUACAAUCUUGGAGCCAGAAAAAUAUCACUAACUGGACUUCCUCCAAUGGGUUGUUUGCCAUUGGAGAGGACUACAAAUAUUAUGGGUGGCCAUGAUUGUUUACCAGAGUACAAUCAUGUGGCUUUAGAAUUUAAUGGGAAAUUGGAGAACUUGGUCUCAUAUUUGAAUAAGGAGCUUCCUGGACUCAACUUGCUGUUUACAAGAAGCGUUUAUGAUCGUUUCUAUGAUAUCGUUAGAAGACCUCGUCUAUACGGUAAGCAAGCUCUAUUCCUUCAUUUAAUUAUGUGUUCAAAAUUAUAUGCACAUGUGCACUGCAGUGACGGACACAGGAUUUAUAAUUUCAAAUAAGAGUAUAAAUUUUAAAUUCAUUAUAAUAUUUUUGAAGACGAAACAUAAGUGUCGAGAAAAGAAUCACAUAUUUAACAUUACUAAAACUAAGAUUUCAAAAUUUUAGCACUUGACAACCCUCCUGUGUCCAUCAAUGCACAUUAGUAUAUUUAUAUAUCUCUGUCUAUGAAACAAGUUCUACUUAAUUAGCUGUGAAAAGUUGGGUGGGAAGGAGAGAUAUAGGUAAUAAAAAAAAAGUUGAGUGAGUCUAGUUGUUUAUAAGAUAUUAUAAUAUCUACUCUGAUUCAUCAUGUGAAAUGUCUCUCUUUAUAAGGAUCAAACAGAAAAGAUAAAGUUAAAGCCAAAAAUACACUAUCCAUAAUAAUAAUAAAUUUUAUAUCAAUUUACGGGAUGUGGUUGAGCUGGCAA